AUGUCGUACCGGGGCGGGGAGUACGGCCACGGUGGCUAUCAUCAGGACAUGCCAGUAGCCCAACUCGGAGACAUGAUUGAUCCGGAAGAGUUCCCGAAGGUAGCUCAGCAUCUACAGUCCUUACAUAAUUCCCAUCCAGGCUCUUCAUCAGGCUCGACGGGCUACCCGGAAGAUGCAGCUCGACAUAUCUACGUGGAUUCAGCCACCGGGAGUCACUACUACACAAAUGAAACACCCAAUUCAAUAGCCCCGUAUUCCGGAUAUGGCUACAUUCAAGCUCCGGAGUCUAGCUCUUCUGCUCCACACGCGUUUGCAGGUGCCAUGCGAACUCCUGUUAAUGCCAGUUUUAACCAUGGUAUGGGCUAUUUUGACGCCGGGUGGCCGACGGCCCCCAAUCUCCCCCUCCCCCCCACUCCCAUUCAGAGCAUUCCCUUCCCUUUAAAUACACCUUACACUAGCCCAAUUCAUAACAAACGCUACUCGACAAUGACGACACCGAGCACACCGACAUCUUACGGACGUCCGUUUCCUGCUCUUGGUAACGGGACGCCUCAGUCGACUACAAGUGCUUAUCCACCACCAACUACGUUGUCUCUUCCUCCUCCGUCUCCUGCAGUCUCCUCAUCAACUUCGAGCUCCACCAAGCAAUCAGUCUUUCAACCAACAAGACGUUUUAGCUAUGAUGAUGGAGGACACUCAACUCAAUAUCUCACAAAUGUCUCCAAGAAAUACCAGGACUUCAUGCAAUCAUUCUCAAAUGGAAUCGAAGGACGGGAUAGAUAUGAACCGAGCCAGGAUUCGGACUAUGAACCUCGUGGCAGACGGCCUACUUACUAUCGGCAAUCUAUGGAAGGCUAUAUUACUCCUGGAGCGAACGUCCCACGAACCUCAACAAAAACACCCGGUCCUGGCGGGGAACUCUCUACAAGGCGAGGUACAAUAGCCGCGAUCCACCAGCCUCGCCCGCCAAACUCACGGCAUAGUUCAUCUGAGAGCGGCGAUGCCGAACCCACUUACCGCCCAAGCGGACGAUAUGACGAUUACAAUGGAAACCCUCGUCCCAAGGGAAAGUCAAGACCUAAUUCGUUCUCUUAUCCUCGGCCGACGGACUCAGAACCAAGUUUCUCGGCUAGAUACCCCUUUUCACCAGAUAUGGAUCCGAGAUCCUCUACUGGUUCUUUGGGAAAUAGAUACAACCCGCCUGCUGUUGUACAUCAGCCAGGUGACAGGUAUUACAAGCCGUACGAAUCGCCGUCUGGGCCAGCAAUCGUCAAUCCCGGUGGCCGAGUGGGAAGGUAUUACAUUCAACCGUCUCAGCCAAUCGAAAACUUCUAUUAUCCUGCGAUACCCGAUGAACGAGAGAGACCUAGCUUCGAUGCUCAGAGACAACGAGCUCGAUCUAAAAGCAGAUUUCGUGCACGAACUCCCGCUCCUGAAGAACGUACCUCAGCAUCCGAGGAGGAAAAAUACAGGGCUGGUCUUAUUAGAAGCAGACCGAGUUCUCCAACCUCGUCACAACCAAGAGGAAAGUCGAGAAGAAGACGGGAUUCACCUUCUCCCGGUGCUUACAGGGCGAAAUCACGUAUGCGGUCAAAAUCUCGUCCACGCCCUGAGAUCAUCCAAUCUACGCGACCCCCUCAUGGUGACUUGCCUGCUAGACCCGGUACACCCGGAUCUGCUCGACCGAAGACACCAAUGCCAGGAAGUUCUGGUAUGGACGCAGAGGCUAUGUUUAGGAUGGAAUCUGAACGACAAGAAAUGGAGUACGAGAGGUCGAGGCUGGAAGCGGAACGCGAGAAGGCGAGGUUGGAAAAGGAAAGGGCGAUCCAGGAAAUUUAUGAAUCUAUGGAACGAGUAAACUUGGACCAAGACUCGCAAUCUCGAGGUAGUGGAAGGGAGAGCUAUGGUUUCCAAGAACAACAACAGCAGCAGCAGCAGCAGCAGCAGCAGCAUCAACACCAAAGACAUAAGUCUCGCGCUAGGUCCCGUCACCGCGACCACCACUCUCGAAGCACUAGCAAUGAAAGGAGUGAAAGGGACAGCCAGAAAGACGGGCGCAGGAGGGAACGUGAGCGACAGAGGGAUAGUGAAUCGGAGAGAGAGAAAGAACGAAACAAAGCUGAGGAGUAUGAGAAGGAAUUCAAUAGAGAUAGAGAGAGGGAGAAGGAGAGAGAACGCCGUGAGAGGGCACGUGAAGAGACCCUAUCGAGACUUAAAUCGGAAGCAGCGGCUCCUAAAGUCACUGACCCCGCGCUUGCGAACCCCAUGGUUGAAAAUAUCAAUCCUCUUGGGCGUAACAACCGUGAACGUGCGGGUGUUCAACCCGGGCAAACAUUCAUUCGACCAGACCUUCUGUGCGCCAUGAGGUCACUCAAACUCUGCGUCGUCGAGCACGAUCCAAGUGACGAUCACGCACAUAAUCAACUCUUACGGUUGGACUGCGGCCACGGGUACCAUGAAGAUUGUUUGCGGAGUGCGGUGUCUAGCAGGGAGAGAGUCCCGCUAGCUCAGGUUGAUUUGGAAGCCGAUAAGCUAUGGUGCGAGAGAUGCAGGGGUAUAUUUGGCAAGAAGGCUGGAAGGUAG